UAUGAUUAUUUUGUUGUUUCUAUUUUAGAUUUCUUUAAGUAAGUUAAUAGCCCCACGUAGGGUUGCUCAUGCAAUUGAUUGUGGAAAUGUAUUAGAUACGCGAACAUCUGCAGGUAUUAAGUAUAAAAGGGUAAUCCAAUACAUAACACCUUUAGGAUCAUCAUUAUAUAGGAUAAUCAGAAUUAGUGGACUAUUAUGAAAGAGCUUAGAGAAGAAAAAUAAAAUUCACAGAUGAUUAAUCACUUUAUCUUACCUAGAGAUAAGGUUAAAGUUUUGCUUAUACUAUUCCUAUAGGCAAUUAAAUUCCAGAAAACCAAACAUAUGUUCUAGUAUUAAAAUUUGCAGAAGUAUUGAGAUCUAUAUAUCUAGUUAUAUUUUGAAGAAAGCAAUUCCAGAAUCUUUAAUGUAUUAUUAGGCAAUAAGAUGAUUCUAUAAAAUAUAGACAUAUUUCAAUUAGUGGGAUCAUUUACAGCUCAUACAGAAUAUAUAGAAUUUAUUAUUGAUGGGGGGACAGUUUAUUAUUAAGGUGAGAUUUGUCUUGGAGCAUUAAAUAACAGAAAUGAAUUAAUUGUUGGAUUUAGUGCAAGUUAAGAUUCAGCAACUAUUGCAGCUUUGUUUUUAUUCAAAGGUCCAUUAUAAGAUACAGAUUUUGAAGAUAAGGAAAAGUUUUAAGAAAGGUGGAUUUAGAGGAAUACUCCUAGAACUAAUGAGGAAAUGAAAAAAUAAAAUUAAGAAAGAGUAAAAAAUAUUGAAUAAGAAAUUAAAGAGAAAUAAAGUAUUCUCAAAAUAAGAGAAGGAUUUGGUCAUGAAUUAGAAAUAGAAGAAAUUAAAUAACCUAAAAAAUAAAUGGAAUGGCCUUAAUUCUCAUUUCAAUUAUUAUUCAUUUUGCUCAAAACUCCAUUAGGUGCUGUUCUUUUAGUUGGAUUUUUGACAGUAAGUUUUGUAACAAUAAGUUUUGUAUUCUUUGAUCCUUAUGGAUAAAAUAAAAUUAAGCAAUAAUAUUAAGAAUUGAAGAAAUUAUAGGAAGUCAAAAAGACUAUAAUCCCUAAAAAGUCAGUUAUAUAAAAAACAGAUUGA